AUGUCCCUUCGAAGGACCCUGCGCCCCCUCGCCUAUGUCUCCCUCCCCGUCUUCGCGCUUCACACGCUGGCAAAGUCGUCUCCGAUCGCGCGAUACUACGUCCGCCUCGCGGUCUACCUCUCGACAGUCGGCGUAUGCUCAGCAUGGGGCGUCGUAUGCGCGGUGGGCAUGUCCCUCAUCGGCCGCAAGCUCGACGUGUUCUUUGUCGUGGCGCGCACGUUCUACAUGAUCGCCAGCCGGGCGUUAGAUAUCCGACUUGUGGUCGAAGGCGAGGAGCACCUCGAGACGAGGCCCGCUGUCUUUAUCGGGAACCACCAGAGCAUGCUCGACAUUCUCUACCUCGGCAGGAUCUUCCCCCGCCGCGCCGCAAUCGUAGCGAAGAAGGAGCUGCAGUGGACGCCCCUACUCGGCCAGUUCAUGACGCUCUCUGGCGUCAUCUGGAUCGACCGCGGAAACAACGCUAAAGCCGUUCGCUCGCUCUUGGCUGCGGGCGAGACUUUGAAGGCGCAGCGCAUGGGGCUGUGGCUCUUCCCUGAAGGCACGCGCUCGAUGCGCGAGCACCACGACCUCUUGCCGCUUAAGAAGGGCGCGUUCCACAUCGCAGUGCAGGCUGGCGUGCCAAUCGUCCCCGUUGUGUGCGAGAACUACUGGAGACUGUACAGAAAGAACGUGUUCGGGAGCGGGACGCUCAAAAUUCGAGUGCUUCCCCCAAUACCUACAGAAGGCUUGACCGUCGCAGACAUCCCAGAUCUUGCCGUACGCGUCCACGACUUAAUGGUGGCCGCCCUGCGCGAGAUAUCUCCGCCGUCAAAGCCCUCUUCGAUUCCCUCCGACAAGCCCGGUGAACCACCUCGCGAUAUCUUGUCUGCACAAGCAAGCUCCGCACUGCCAGUGGAGCCCGACCGAGCAUCGACACAAGCGUCGGAGGACAACAAUUCCUCGCCGGCACACAGUCGACGGUCGGGCAGUGAUAAUGGCACGGAGACGGAAGAGGACGAUGGCAUGGUGUUGGUGGGGCGACCAAAGUAGUCGCUUGGUGUGUAGCGUUCGUGCUCGGGCGACUGAUGUCGGGUUAAUGGGAGAUUUUCUUACCACAAUAUACUAAUAUGUUUUCUGCUCUCAGUCCUAUGUCGGAGCGACGGUGGAUAUCACGGCGCGCUAAGACUCGGCCAAACUACAUACCGAUGGCAGGGCCAUGCUAUUCGCGUCCCAGUUACGCCCUCGUCAGGAUUAAUCUCCGCGCAUGCCU